CGUAGACUGUGUUUCUUUUUUUUUGGUAUAAUUUUAUUUUAUUUUUGAUUUUUUAAUUUUAGUUAGUAGAUAGUGCUUCAUCUGAAGUUUUUCCUCAGGUUCAAUACUUCUGACUCUCCAGGCUCUAUUAUCCUUAAAUAGAAGAGAAAGCUUGCAGUGAUUGAAUCAUGGGUUCAAGUUUUAUGUUUGAACCGCCGAGUGAUGAAGAAAUUGAAGAGUCGGAGUCUGAAGUGGAACAACAAGAAGAUGGAGAAGGAGACGAGGAAGAGGAGAAACUGCCGAGUCGGCAGAAGCAAUCUCCUUGGGACUUUGCUUUGUACUCUGAGUCUGCAGCUGAAGAGCAUGCACGUCGAAGCACGACUUCCAUUGAUUUCAAAAUCUCCAAAUCUCUUCAACAGCGUUCCGUCCCCGUUCCCAACACUGUUGAUGAGGAUAAGUCUGAUUCUGAACCUGACAAACAAGAGGAUUAUAGACUGGAAGAUGAAGAUGAUGAGACCACUAAUGCUGCUGAUAGGAAAUCUUUUUUUGCACCGUCUGAAGGAACGUCAUUUCAUGCCAAUUCGUUCAUGGAGCUCAAUUUAUCUCGUCCUUUGCUUCGCGCUUGUGAGGCAUUGGGCUACUCAAAACCCACACCAAUUCAGGCGGCAUGUAUACCUAUAGCAUUGACUGGGCGUGAUAUUUGUGGGAGUGCAGUUACUGGUUCUGGGAAGACAGCUGCCUUCGCCUUACCUACAUUAGAGAGGUUGUUGUUUCGUCCAAAACGUAUUCCAGCUAUACGGGUCCUAAUUCUUACUCCAACGAGAGAGUUGGCAGCACAGGUUCACAGUAUGAUAGAGAAACUUGCUCAAUUUACUGAUAUCAGAUGCUGCUUGGUUGUUGGUGGGCUUUCAACAAAGGUGCAAGAGACAGCAUUGAGAUCAAUGCCAGAUAUUGUUGUGGCUACUCCUGGACGUAUGAUAGAUCACUUACGGAAUUCAAUGUCUGUGGAUUUGGAUGAUCUUGCAGUUUUAAUCCUCGAUGAGGCAGAUCGUCUUCUGGAGCUAGGAUUUAAUGCUGAAAUUCAUGAGCUGGUUCGCCUAUGCCCUAAAAGGAGACAGACUAUGCUGUUUUCGGCUACAAUGACUGAAGAAGUUGAUGAGCUUAUAAAGCUCUCUCUGACUAGACCCUUGCGCCUGUCAGCAGACCCAUCUGCAAAACGGCCAGCUACUUUGACUGAAGAGGUGGUUAGGAUACGCAGAAUGCGUGAAGUAAAUCAGGAAGCUGUUCUUCUUUCAUUGUGCUCAAAGACUUUCACAUCUAAAGUGAUCAUCUUCAGUGGAACUAAGCAGGCUGCACAUAGGUUAAAGAUUUUAUUUGGAUUGGCUGGCUUCAAAGCUGCUGAGCUUCAUGGAAAUCUUACCCAGGCACAGCGUCUUGAUGCUUUGGAACUUUUUAGGAAGCAGCAAGUUGAUUUUUUGAUUGCAACUGAUGUGGCAGCUCGUGGGCUCGACAUAAUUGGUGUGCAAACAGUUAUUAACUACGCAUGUCCCCGAGACCUUACCAGCUAUGUUCAUCGAGUGGGUCGUACAGCAAGAGCUGGCAGAGAAGGAUAUGCUGUUACAUUUCUGGCAGACAAUGAUCGAUCCCUUUUAAAAGCCAUUGCUAAGAGAGUUGGUUCAAAGUUAAAGAGCCGCAUUGUUGCAGAGCAAUCAAUUACCAAGUGGUCUCAAAUAAUUGAGCAGAUGGAAGAUCAAGUGUCUGCCAUCCUUCAAGAAGAAAGGGAAGAGAUGGCCCUGAGAAAAGCUGAAAUGGAAGCAACAAAGGCAGAAAAUAUGAUUGCUCACAAAGAAGAAAUCUUUUCACGCCCUAAAAGAACUUGGUUUGUGACAGAAAAGGAAAAAAAACUUACAGCAAAGGAAGCUAAGGCAUCUAUUGAAAAUGGAAAAGGUUCUAGAAAGGAGGUAAUUAGUGCCCAACAGGCUGAAGACAUUAAAAUGAAAGAAAAGAGGAAACGAGAGCGUGAGAAAAAUUUGCCUCGAAAGAAGCGUCGUAAACUGGAAGCAGCUAGAGAAAUGUUGGAGGAUGAUUAUCAAGAUAAAAAAGGUAAUGGAAAAGAUAAGAAGGAUGAGGCUGGAAUCUCUUUAGUUGAUCUGGCUUACAGACGAGCAAAAGCUGUGAAAGCUAAGAAGAAGGCAGUAGAUGCUGGCAAGAUUUCAAAGGUUGCCACUAAGAAAACAAAACGGAAUUCCCAAAAAAGUCAACCUAGAGCAGAAGAGAUGCGGGAUCUGUUCCAGAGCGACAUGAGCGAGAAGAAACAGAAGAGAAGUACAGGAAAAAAGUCCAAGAAAUCUUUUAAGAGCAAGUCACGUUACAAGCGAAGGUAGUACUCAAUUCAAGAUUUCCCACAUGGUGUACAUUAUGAAGGCGAGAUUGAUGGGUUUUGUAAACCUAUGAGGACCGUCUUAAGGAACAGGAAGAAGAGUUUGAAUCUUUCUUGUAAUUCCUUAAUGAUUUUGGGUUUGGCGAGCGAGUAAUCGUGAGAAAAUUUUGUUUUUCUUUUGGUUUUGAGAUGCAAUACUUGACCCAUUAUCUAUUUAUUUUAUCAUAUAAUUUAAAUUAUUUAAUUGCUUUGAUAAUAAAGGAAAUUUAGAUA